AUGAGUUCGUGGUGGGGCGUUAAUUCAUCCAUUGAUUCCGUUUCUCAACAAAAGAGAAAUCAAAGCCUUUCAUCUCCUUCGUUAGCACAGAGUGGUGGUUCUUCUUCAAAUGGCAAUAGUAAUAGCGGAACGAAGAAGGCCUCUUCCUCAACAUCAUCACCAUCAUUAGGAAAUUCAAAUUUGGUUGGAAAUAUCAACAAUCCUUCUUCAUCGGGAGUUGGUCAUCCCUCAGCACUCAAUAUAGAUGAUGAAAUUAAGUUUUCAUCGUUGGAAGAUUUAAGUUCAUACAUUCAACAAUUUGCCUCAAAUAUUCAUAAUUUAGAACGAAAUAUAAAACACUUGUUGAGGAAUUAUGAAUUGAGCGGAUCCAACAAAUCAAGUGCCAUUGAUUCCUUAAAUAAUAGCAAGGACUCGGAACGAUUACGGGCUAAAAUUAAGAACCUCAAAGACAAGAUUCAAAAGAGCAAGGACGUGAUUACAAAAGGUUUGAACCGAUUUUCAAAAAAGAAGAUUGACAGUAGCAGUGCCUACGAUAUUAACGAUAAUGAAUCAUUGACAAGCUCUAGUUUAUCUGGUGGUUACGAUACCAUGGGAAUUUCUUCCUCUCAGAAAGUUCAAUUCAACAAGUUACAAACUCAAUUUAAGGAAUUAUGUAAACAAUACGAAAAGUGUAUUAAGGACUAUAGAGACACUGAAAAGAAUAUGAAACGAUCACAAUUGUUUAAUUAUGGAGAAGAUGACUUGGAUGCCAUGUUUUCUCACAAGAAAUCUUCAUCUCGUUCUGGUAUGGCAAGUACCAAUGGUAAGAGACCCACAAAGAGUGCCUCUUCUCCAUCAUUCUCAGGUAGAGGCAUGGGUGAUGAGGACGAAGGCGAUGGCUAUUCCCAAGAUGAAGAAGGCCUUUCACAAUCAGGUGUUCAAUCAUUGGCUCCUCAAUUUGUUUUGAGUGCUGCAGACCAAGCCACGCUAGAUGUGGAGAAACAAAUUGCGCUCGAAACAAAUCGAGAAUUGAGAGAUUUGGAAACUAAUUACUAUGAGUUGCAUCAGUGUUUUGUCGAUUUGAACGAAAUGAUCAAGGAGCAAGACGAAUCCAUCACUGUCAUUCAUGACAAUGUUGUCAAAGCCAACGAAUAUGUGGAGCAAGGCGUUGAGAAUAUUAAGGUUGCCAAUAAUUUUACGGGAAUUGGAAUGUUAAAGAAUAUUUUCUCUCCAGGUAAUAUUGUCAGGAGUUUUAUCAAGUAA